UAAGAAUGAAUGAAGGACAUGAAUCAAUAGGUCAAAAGUCUUGAAUGUCUUAAUCAAUAUGGAAAAAGAUGACCGGAGUGGUGGAAUUAAUUCAUAAUGCUUUUGCCUUUUCGAAUAGAAAAUGGGGCAUGUUGAUUUUGUCAAUGUGAAAGCUUAUUAAUUGUUUUGAACAUUUAUGGAAAAAAACAUUGAGGUAGAAACAAUGAACAGUCAUGUAUAUAAUACAACAAUGAAGUUUGAAGAGUGCAGGUGAUAAAAGUUGGGUGAUUCUCUAAUCUCUUCAGUUGGAAUUUGAAAUGAUUCUCGUCUUCCUUUUCGUUUUCGUUUCUCCCUCUUGUUUACAACUCAUUCAUUCUUCUUCAGACAAAAAUGUUUCUACGCCUAUCUGCCCAGAAAGUUUCGCUUGCCCAAGUUUGGCCACGUUCAAGUACCCAUUUUACAAUGUCACUGACACGCGAUGUGGGUUGAUCAAGGUCAACUGUAUUUCCAAUGGUGCAGAGAUUCAAUUUGGAGGACGGCCGUAUGAGAUUACUAGGUAUUUAAACUAUGAUCCAAGUUAUGGUGCUUUACUCGUCUGGAGCAGAACAUUUGACCAGCUUGUAAACAAUAACAGCUGUGAGGCGCUUAUGAAUAAUCUCACUUCUCCAAGUCCAAGCCCUCUUAUGUAUAACAUUUCAAUAGCUUCCUUCAUCAAUGUGCUCAAAUGCACAAAAAAUCACACUUACUUCGAGCACCAUAAUUACAGUAUGUACGACAAGUGCAGCGAUCACAACUUCUACUACAACUCGAAUGGAACAAUUCCAAGUGACUUCCCACAUACAUGUCAAGUAGUGCAACUAACUUCAAAAAACUUAAGUACUCAGGGAUUUGAUGAAACUAACAUAUUUUCUCUUCUGUCUGGUUCCUCCUUUAUAAACUUUAAUUUGUCGCCUUUUUGUUACGACUGCCAGAAAAAAGGGCAACAGUGUUUUACAGAUAGUGAAGAUGAUGUUCAGUGUUUAGACGUCAAAAAGGUACAACCAGGCAGAGAAGCAUCGAAUCAGAAAAAACAAGGCAAAGGACGAACGAUUAAGAUUUUGGCUAUAGUUGGAGCAGUCUUAAUCCUCAUAAUGUCUUUGGUCAUCUUCAUAAUCUGGCGUCGCUGUAAGAGCAGCCCUUUUUCUUAUGUUUCAUCAAAGAAAAAAUCUCCAAACUUUGAAGAUAUAAAUCUCUCCUGUGGUGUCUCUGUAUUCUCCUAUAAGGAGCUUGAAGAUGCCACCAAAAAUUUCGACCCUUCGCGUGAACUAGGGGAUGGAGGUUUCGGAGCUGUUUAUUAUGGUAAACUCAAAGACGGCCGAGAAGUUGCAGUGAAGAAACUUCAUGAGCACAACUACAACCGAGUCCAACAAUUCAGAAAUGAGAUUGAAAUCCUCACCAAAUUAAGGCACCCGAAUCUUGUCGUUCUUUACGGUUGCACCUCUAGACAAAGCCAUGAACUUCUCCUCGUUUAUGAGUACGUUCCCAACGGAACUGUUGCCGAUCACCUGCAUGGAGAACAAGCAAAUCCAACUCUCCUAACAUGGCCAACACGGAUGAACAUUGCCAUAGAAACCGCGAGCGCACUGGUGUACCUUCAUGCUUCUGAAAUCAUACACCGAGAUGUAAAGACGACCAACAUUCUUCUUGAUCACAAUUUUGGUGUUAAAGUUGCAGAUUUUGGCCUCUCAAGGCUUAUAACGAAUAAUGUCGCUCAUUUGUCAACAGCUCCUCAGGGAACCCCAGGAUACGUGGAUCCACAAUAUCAUCAACGCUAUCAAUUAACAGAUAAGAGUGAUGUUUACAGCUUUGGAGUAGUCUUGAUUGAACUAAUAUCAUCAAUGGUGGCUGUCGACUUAGACAGGUCUCCAGAUGAGAUUAGUUUAGCUAACCUAGCUUUAAACAAAAUCCAAAGAUCCGCAAUUGAUGAACUAAUCGACCCGGUUCUAAGAUCCGAUACGAAUCCUAAAACUAUGAACAUGAUCACAUUAGUAGCAGAAUUGGCUUUUCGGUGUUUACAGUAUGAUUCAGAUAUGAGGCCUUCAAUGAAUGAGGUGCUGGAUGUGUUGAUGGAUAUUCAAACCGUGGGUAGAAUAGACAUUUAUGACAGUAUCGGAGACUUUCAAACUGUGAAUGUGCCGCCUUUACCUGAGACCAAUGAAACCAAUGAUGCAGUGGUUUUGCUGAAAGAUUUUCGGCCUUCGCCAGUCUCUGUCACUUACGAAUGGCAAAGCAGUAGCAGUGCAUCAUCUACGCUAAGCAGCAUUGGAGAUAGAUUGCCAAGGAAGAAUGAUAUCAAUACAGUGAAAACCCAUGGGGAACAAGGAUGACAUGGGAGAUUGUGAGCCCCUUUUUUUUCAAGGAAAUCACACGUUAAGCAUGACAUACAUGGAAUCGUCCUACUUCUACUCAUGUAUCAUACUUUUUCCAUUAGCGCAACAUAUAUGUAAUUACACUAUUGCUUAUCAUACUUUUUUCAUUAGCGCAACAUAUAUGUAUUCUAGCCAUUGGAUACAUACCAUGAUGUCAUUGAAUAAUAUAACAAAAAAAGUGUUUUGUAUAGUAUAAAGUAAAAGCUUGAGAGCUCGCUUUAUAUUU